UCGACUAUUGAUGAUAAAUAUUAUUAAGAAUUGAAAACAAUUGAUGACAAAUAUAUAACCCCAAUUUCCAAAAAGUAUUGAAACAUAAAUUCUAGAAGAGUUGGAAUUAAAAUUAGUCUGUUUUCUCAAAAAACGGAAGAAUUAACUACUAGCCAAUGCAAUUCAUUCUUACACAAUGAAAAAUAUCGCUAUAGUCGAAGACAAUAUAUAAUGUUAUUGAAGCGAAAACAUUCGACAGAAAAUAUUAUAAAUAUCUUUGUGUAUCUGGAGUAGCCAAUUAGCAUGAAAACUAAAUAUUGAAAUCACAUUUCCCUUCUGAAUAAAAUCUUCAGGAACGUGAGGCUCUCAUUUUUUACGUUCAAUCUGUCAGUAACAUAAGAGGGCGAGUCCUUAUAAUUAGCUUUAUGACGCAAUUUCCAGGUGGGGGGGGUUGAACCUGUAGCUUUCAAAAUAGGUGACACGUUUGUCAACCGACAGUCUUCAUCUAGUAUUGCCUUAAUCAACAUUACGUGAGUGCGUAGCUCCAAAAUGGAUGAAGCUCAAGAAAUCUCCCAAGUAGCGAAUUUGGUAAUGUCCAUCAUGACUCAAGACGAAGCUGGUUCAUCACCUCUACCAACAGGAAAAUACAUGCCAGAACGAUUGCUAGAUGUCAGGGUCGAUGGUAAUGGAAGGAAAUCUUACCUGGUCAAGUGGUUUGGAUAUCCACGUGAGGAAAGUACAUGGGAAGAACAGAACACACUCUCUUGUCAUUAUAUGAUGCAGGAAAUUGAGGAGAGGAAACAGAGGAUGGUCAACAACAUCGACAGACCAUUUCAUAACAGGUUUGUUACUGGAAGGCCAACAGGCUUCGAUAAAGGAUACACCCCUGAACUGAUUCUUGGUGCUAGUGAGAAAGGUGGGGAGAUUUUUUUUUUGGUCAAAUGGAAAGGAGUUUUCGAGGCCGACCUGGUACCUAGAAUCAUCGCGAAUGAACUUUGUCCACAGCUGGUAAUUGAAUUCUACGAAGAAAGAUUACGCUGGUCGACACCCCAAGAAGAGGAAGAAGAAAUUAUAGAUGUGGUGACCAUAGAAGAUGACGAAGAAGAUGGAAAGUAAUUCUUGUUAUGCUUCAAUUUUCAUUUCUACCUAAAAUUCGAGGGUUGGUUUGUUCAUUCGACUUGUUAAUUUUACAGAUCAGUUUUUCGUUAGUUAUCUUAUACCUAUUGUAAUAAUUCACACACAGCUGAAUUAAUCAUGUAUUUCAAAAUGUCAAUCUAUUAAUCUUCAAUAUUCAAAUUCAAGCUGUCAUCACAUCAUUAUAAAGGAUGUAACUAAAUAAGUGUGAAAUAUGUAAGGAGGUUCUUCCUCAUCGAAAAAAAUAUAGGAUCUUUCAAAUAAAGAAAUUUCAUUGGAGUAUCCCUUGUUAAGAUACAGCCCCUUAAAGGGGGUACACAAAAUUUGUAUAACAAUUUUUCUCACAAGCUGCACUAAAAAAGUUAUAAUAUUGAAAUCAACCUGACGUUUUCUACUACCAAAAAAACACUUAGCCAGUAAUUGAUUUGGUUUACCCCAUGGUUGUAAGGGGUGGAAAACGCAACCCCUAAAAUUUAUUUCCAAUGUAACUUUUCGUCUUAUUAUUGGACAACCCUUGUGUAUAAACGAAAUAUUCAUUCCUCCAAGUGACUUUGGAUAUACUAUACUAAUUACAAAAUAACAAUGAAUCCAGUUCGCAUUCAUGACGAUGUAUCUCUGUAUUUGUUCGUAAAAUAAUUUUUGCUGCAAACUGGUUUAUUUUGGGCAAAAAACCAAAGAGCCAUUUUUUGUUGAGAAUGAAACCGGCUAUCGAAAAUAAAUUUUUAAAUGGAAAACAAAUAAUAAGAUAAAAAGUUACAUUGGAAAUAAAUUUUAGGGGUUGCGUUUUCCACCCCUUACAACCAUGGGGUGAACCAAAUGUAUUACUGGCUAAAUGUCUUUUUGGUAGUAGUUUCAAUAUUGUAACUUUUUUAGUGCCUGUGAAAAAAAUUUUUAUAUAAAUUUUAUGUUCCCCCUUUGAGGGGCUUUACCUUAACAAGGGAUACUCCAAUGAAGUUUCUUCAUAUAAAAGAUCCUAUAAUUUUUUUCGAUGAGGAAUCACAUCCUUAAAUGUUUCACACUCAUAUAGUUACACCCUGUAUUCAAUAUUUAAAUUGUUAUAACAUUAUUUUACUGUCGAUAUUUAAUUAGCAUUAGGACAUUGUAGCUUCCAUUUUCACUAUGCAAUUGUUAUUUCAACAAAGUUUUCUGCAGCUAGGAAAGUAAGUCACUUCAUGAUUAGACCGCACUAUUCCUCAUUAUUUUCAUCAAUUCUGCGUGUUUCUUUUUUUUUUUAAAUCAGCUCUUUUGGCAACUUUGAGAACACUGUGAUUUAAAUUUUCUUCCUUUUUUUACUUGAGAUCUCUCAAAAUAUUGAAUACAUAGACUAAGCAGUAUUUGAACUGAACUAACUAGAAAGAUAAAAUCGAGCCAUUGGUAAGAGAAAUAGGUCAACUAGCAAGAUCAAGAGAAGGCAUUCACUUUAUUUUUUCAGGGAAGAACUAUA